CAAAAAGCUUUUGCAUUCCUUUUGUGCUCACAGCUACUGCUGAUACCGGUAGUACAGUACGUGUUCUAUUGUCCAUUAUAAAGGACAGCUGUCGUCUAUAGCGUUCUGUCUAUCUAUCACCUUCCAUGUCAUGAUGAAGGGAGCUCCGACAGAUAGAAGAAAGGACGAAGGAGUGAACGGCAGUGUCGGCAAAGGCGGAGCCGCAAACGGCCAUCAUCAUUCGGAAGUGAGGAAUGCGACUUGUGCACCAGUCUCUACCAACCAGCAACUUGCCGGCAUCACGGCAUUGGCGACACGACGAGGGUCUACCACAAAAAAUGGAACUACCCCACCGUCCAGAACGCCAAUGAAAAAUUCUGGGUUGACGGACGAUGAGAUGGAUCGUAUCAAGGAAGAGGAAAAACUGACACAACUCUCCCCGGCCGUUACAUUGGUUCUACAAGAUGACAAUGACAGCAAAAAUCAACACAACACCAGUGCAACCACUCCACAGAAACAGAACCAAAAUCUCCCAGCUAUACGCCGCCGUAAAGCCGGGUCCAGUCCAUCACCGCCAAGGAGAAAUCCUUCCAACCACCAGUGGCAUCAAUUGCAACAAUUUCAGGAAAAGGCUGCGACUCCUGAUGAUACACAAUCCAGAUUGAAGGAAGGGACCACUCCGGUGGUGCAGGAAGAGGGUAGCGGAAACAGCCAUCCAAACGAUACAACAACAGCAUCGCACCCAAGCAAGCGUCCUCGAGCCACUCAACGCAAGCACUCUGGUCCUCCAAGAUUACAACCAGAAACAGCCAAACGAAGUCAAUCUGAGAGCACUGAUGGGUUGAAGAAGGAAGAAGGGGCAAAGAAAAAUGAUGACACAUGGAUGAAGGAAAUCAAAGAACAAGAGAGAAUCACGCGAUUGAACCCAGCUGUCACCUUGGCACUGAAAAACAGUGCUACCAGUGUGGAGGCACCCGCGAUAGCAGCAAAAGCCACCAGUACUUCCGCCAAGACCGACAAAAAGCCAAAGAUAGCCACACGAAGUAUAUCAAAUACCACGGAUGGGCUGAAGGAAGGGACAAAGACAAAUGACGACCAAUUGAUGGACGAAAUCAAAGAACAAGAGAGAAUCACGCGAUUGAACCCUCCUGUCACCUUGGCACUAAAGAACAGUGCUACCAGUGCGGAGGCCCCCGCGUUAGCAGCAAAAACAACAGCAGCCACCACUACUUCUGCUGCGAACGACAAAAAGGCCAAAGCUGUCUUUGUCAAAAUGGAAAGUGGCGAUGAUGAUGAUUGGCGCAGACGAAUGCGUUUCAUGAACGAUGGGGAUUCAGGGGCAUUAGCACAGCUCAGACACGACGAACAGCAACGCAUCCACGGACCAUCCUAUGCCAGUUCAAGGCCGAGAAUAUCCACUUCUUCUUCUGACCCAGUAGCAGCCAAAAGUGCACCCCAGAAAUCUCCGGUUCAUCAGGGCAAUGGUGGUGAAUCGGGUGAGAAUUCCGACGAUCUCAUGAAGAUCGUGGCGAAACGAUCCUACGACUCGGAGUUGUCCGAAUUGUCGGACGAGUUCACACGUCAACAACGGCAACAGAGUGCUGCCAUGCACACCGGGACCAGCAACGGCACAAAUGACGACACAGCCGCCAACUACAGUCAGAACGCCAAGAAGCGCAUCCAAGGGGGGGUGCAACCAGGGGCGUUUGGAGCGGCCCCGGGGGUUCAGCCGUCCCGCAACCUGUCACUUCGAUAUUCGGCACUGACCCGGCCCAGCACUGCUGGGAUACCCAGUACGAUGGAAUUCACAACAACAACAACAACAAUGGAUGAAGAAACGACAUCUGAAAUGAGUCAGCAGCAGCUCGACACGUAUCAACAAGAAUUGGAAAAUUACCGCAGAGACCAGGAAGAUUCCAACCAAAGCCUUUUGAAAAAUUCCGCAACUCUCACCAGCAGUGCUACUUCGAAGGAACCAAUUUCCAAACGAAAUCAAGGAUUGGUGGAAGCCCAUCUUGUGUUAUCCGAGCCACAAAUCAAGAUUCAAGCCGACAAAUACGAAGCUCCACCGCAAGAGUUCAUUGCCGCUAAGGAACACAGGCGACGUUGUCGAUUGGCGCAAUCUUUGUGCAUCCUUCUUUUGGUGUUUACAGUCGUGGUCCUUUUGAUACUGUUCGCGGCUGAUGCAAUCUUCCCUAACCACCAUCCAGACCAAACAACACAUGCUCCUUCCUCGAUGCCUUCUUUAUCUCCGACAAUUGCCCCUACAUACUAUCAGCAUAAUGUUGGAUUGCCCAACUACACGCUGGAAGUCAUGGAAACAAACCCCUACUCUCCGCAGGCUAGGGCAUAUGAUUGGAUUCAGGAGGAUGAUAUGUUUGAUAGCUACAGCCCCUAUCGACAACUGCAGCGGUUUGUUUUGGCAACAUUCUACUUUGCUACCAAUGGUGAUUCAUGGAUAGUCAAUAAAAACUGGUUGUCACAUGAUCUGCAUGAGUGUACAUGGCACACCAAAGGAUUGGAUCUAGAAGGGACUGGUACACCAAUGUGUGAGGAUGAGCAAGUUGUUGCUCUGUUGUUGACCAAGAAUGGGCUCUCUGGAAGACUUCCACCAGAGCUGAGCCUGCUGACUACACUGCAGGUUCUGGAUGUUGCCACAAACGACGUCAAGGGGACCAUCCCAAGCCAAUUGGCACUUCUGACAUCCCUAAGAGAGCUCGUUCUGGAUGUCAAUGAGCUCUCAGGAGAGGUGCCCUCUGAACUGGGUCAGUUGGCUCUUCUUGAAUGGUUCUACGUUCAUACCAACAACAUUAUUGGCACGAUGAUUACAGAACUUGGCCUCUUGACCAACCUCAAGGAUUUGGCAUGGGGUAGAACCAUGACGAGAGGUACCCUCCCAACCGAACUCGGUAGACUUGUCAAAUCAACAAAUUUAUGGCUUGGAUCCAAUGCACUCGAAGGCCCCCUUCCUUCAGAGUUGUUCCUGCUGACUGACCUCAAUGAAAGCGUUGUUCUGGGUAACCAGUUUCUAUCAGGAACUAUUCCAAGUGAGAUUGGGAUGCUCUCGAAUCUUUGGGGAAUGUUCCUUGCAGGCAAUUCACUAUCUGGCAGCAUACCGACUGAAGUGGGUCUCAUGACCGCUUUAAAUCAGCUCUAUCUCGCAAGAAACAAUCUCACCAGCACAUUGCCAACAACCGUAGGCACCAUGCAGAACAUGACUUAUCUGUAUUUCUCGCAUAACCAUGUCAAUGGGAGCAUUCCUACAGAGAUUGGGACAAUGAGCAACUUGGAAUAUCUUGAUUUUGAGAACAACACCAUGAGUGGUACUGUCCCAGCUCAGGUUGGUCAGCUCUCUGCUUUGAUACAGUUCAGAGCGAAUGACCAGAGUUUUUCUGGGGCUUUGCCCCAUGAACUAGGCAUGCUCUCUAAUCUGAAGUUCUUGGAUGUUGGUCGCAACCAACUCAACUCCACAAUUCCCUCAGAAUUCAUGCAAAUUGCAUCCUUGGAAGAAGUCAAACUGGAACAGAAUUUUCUCUAUGGACCUCUUCCAAGUGAGAUUGGGCUAUUGGUGAAUUUGACUUGGCUAGUGCUUGACUCCAAUUAUCUUUCGUCAUCCAUUCCACCCGAAUUCUUUGCUGAGCUGCGUUCUUUGGAACACCUACACCUGCAGGACAACCAUCUGACUGGGGCCUUGCCUUCUGAGAUUUCUGCUUUGAGGUCUCUGGUGGACCUGCGGUUGAAUGCAACAUUUCUGAAUGGGACUAUUCCAACCGAAAUAGCAUUGUUGGCCCCAAACCUGGAACAUCUUGAUCUAUCUUCCACCAACAUUUCAGGGAGCAUACCCUCAGAACUUGGUACCAUGACCUCACUGACAUGGUUGAAACUGGACAAUACACAGCUCAGUGGCGAGAUACCAACAGAAUUGAGCAACUUGGCUGUCAAUGGCAGUCUUGCUAGGUUCAACAUCAAUGACACCCUUGUCAAUGGCGAAAUUCCAUCAGAUCUCUGUGCCGUUCCCGAUUUUCACUUUGAUUGUUCUUUUGAUCUUUGUGGGUGUUUCUGUGUCUGCCUUUCCUUGGCUCAUGGGAAUUGGCAAAUAUCUCUUCUGGAUGACUUUAAUGUCACAGAUGAUGGUCUUUGGGGUUGAGAGACAAGCACUUGUGGAAGGCUGUUGUGCGCGCACGGGGAAAGGCAAGGCGAUGAUGCUCAAAUGAAUCUCCUGGGCUCUCGGGCACUUCAGUGGCUUCACUCAGGUCUGUGGGCAAACCCAAUGGUCGAAUGCGAUAAGGGGAUGGAAGAUGUAUUUUUGUACCAGCUAGUAAUGAGCUGUUCUUGUACUGACUAGCUAGAAGGCACCAGGGGAUUCGAUUCCUGCCCAUUGAAACGUGUAGCGAUCGAAUCUGUAGCAGGGCCAACACCCUUCUCCGCCAAUAGUUGCAUUCCUUUCUUUGGCUCAACAAUAAUACUAGCCCCAGCGGAAACAGAUUCGAUUCCAAAGGAGGAGAGUCCAGGCUGCAUCCUGGCUCCAUGGUCUUUCCCCUGUCUUUCCCCUGCGGUAGCUACACCAGCCAGCAUUCAUGGUACAGAGGGUCCGAUCCCACAUGGCAACACACCUGGGCUAUCCUAAGUAAUUUCACCUGGGGUGCGACGUUAAUUAAAUUGACCCUUAAAUAAUUUUUUGUCCUAAUCAAACAAGUUCCCCCGCGCA